AUGACCUUCGGGGAGAUCGUCCAGGCGGUCAUUGACUAUGGCGCGCCCAUUUUUCUUGUCACCUCGCCCCUCACCUCCUACCUAGACCAGAUUCUCAGCAUUCAUCGGAAUAGGAGUUCGGCCGGCUUCUCCCUGGACAUUCCUCUGAUCAUGCUAGUCGCGUCGAUCUUGAAGGUCUUCUAUUGGUUUGGAGAGUACUACUCCGCCGCGCUGCUGGCGCAGGCGGUGGUGAUGAUCUUUACGCAGGGGAUCCUCUUGAAGGUCGCUUUGGACAACCGACCAAGAGAGACAGUGGAGCACACCCCUUUCAGCGGUGCCAAGGGCGGAUUUUCACGACCAUAUAACUUUUGGCAGUGGCGGAGCACCAAGCCGUAUUGGGUCUUCUUGGGCUACUUCGUUGCCGCCCUCUUUGUCAUCCACCUUACCCCGAUCUCCGACUUCAGCGCCUAUAUCAGCCUGCUGGGCUGCAUUGGUCUCGCCGUCGAGGCCACCCUCCCCGUGCCCCAGAUCAUCGCCAACCACCGAUCGGGCUCUUGCAAGGGCUUCCGACUCUCCGUCUUGGCCGCCUGGAUUAUCGGUGAUAGCUGCAAGAUGGGCUACUUCUUCAUGAGCUCGGACCCUAUUCCAUGGGCUUUCAAGCUGUGUGGUAUCUUCCAGUGCAUCUGUGACGCCUACUUGGGCGUCCAGUACUUCAUGUUCACCCGUGGCUACGUCAAGGCUGCAGGUAACCCCCAAGAUGAUGACGAAGAGGAGAAGGAGAUCCGACUCAACCGCAUCGGUUAA